ACAAGUCUUCGUUAAAAUUUCCAAGUCAACUGGCGUGACAAAGAUGGAGCUGGUUUUUCCCUUCUCGUCGUUACUUAGAGUACCUGAAGCUUAGCGUAUUAAAAUUAAAGUAGUCCUCAUGAUUUGAUUUCCCUUAGGUUCUCUGUUUCGCUUUGGUAUGUUGCUAGAUAAUAGAUAGGAAGUUUGAGUAUGGGUUUUGGAUUGUUUUUGGCUUUCUUUUUUAUUUCUCAUGUCCUGCCUCUCUCGCUCUCGGCUGAAGAAGAUGGCAAAUCCACUGAUGCUACUUGCCCAGAGAGUUUUAAUUGUGGAAACCUUACUGGGGUACGCUUCCCUUUCUUCGAUUCGUCACAUUCUUCUCAUUGUGGCCUUCUCAAGCUCAACUGUGAGGCGAUGCCAUCUCCAACAAUUGUAUUUGACUUUACAGAAGAUCGAUGGGUUGAAGCUUUAGAUAUGCGCAACUCUGUGAUCAGGCUUCACGACUACAAGCUUGAGCAUCUUUUGGCUGUAAAAACUUGAGAAUUUUUCGACUAUGGUGUUAUGCCUCUUCCGAACUAUUCUUCCAUUUCAUAUUCGAUUCUGCCAAAUAUUGCGCUCUACGGAUGCAAGAGAAGCCCCGAAACAAGCCAGAAGCUGGCUGAUUCUUUCAGCGGAUACAAAGAAUAUGACAAUUGUGGUGAACCUAAUAAUGGCUUCAUCAUUUACUAUCAAAAUCCAGAACAUCACGCUCCACCAGUGAACCUCGGUGGAGACAUUCAAUCACUCUGUAAAAAUGUCACUCUUCCCGUAGUCUCCCGGCAUGAUUACUCAGAGAACGCCGACUUGUUUCAGUUAUUGACUGCUGAGUUCGAUCUUGAGUGGCAUCUCUCUGAAGAUUGCUCUAAUUGUCAACUUGAAGGACACGAGUGUCGGAUUGAAUGGAGUCAGAGCUGGGUUCCGCAUUGUGUCUAUCCUAAAAAAGGAAAGAAGAACUUGAAAGUCAUUCUGCCCAUAGCUGCUUCUGCUGGUGGUCUUGGGAUUUUAGUAAUUCUUGCCUACUUCUUCCAAAGGAAGUAUUCAUUUCUGCGUAUUUGGAGUAAAAGGGAGAAGUUCCAAAAUGUUGAAGACUUUCUCAAGGAUUAUGGAUCACUGGCACCCAAAAGGUAUCACUACUCUGAGGUAAAGAAGAUGACUGACUCCUUCAAAAUCAAGCUAGGACAAGGUGGCUAUGGGUGUGUGUACAAAGGAAAGCUGCAAGAUGGAAGUCCUGUGGCAGUAAAAGUUCUGAAGGAAUUGAAAGGAAGUGGAGAAGAAUUUAUUAACGAGGUUGCAAGUAUUAGCAGGACUUCCCACAUCAACGUUGUAACUCUAUUGGGCUUCUGUUUCCAGGGUCGCAAAAGAGCUCUCGUAUAUGAAUUCAUGCCUAAUGGAUCCCUGGAGAAGUUCAUUUAUGGUGGAAAAUCCUUGACAAACUGUCAACUGGGAUGGCAGAUUCUGUACAAAAUUGCAGUAGGCAUAGCUCGAGGACUGGAGUAUUUGCAUCGUGGUUGCAAUACUAGAAUACUCCAUUUUGACAUAAAGCCUCACAACAUCCUCCUAGAUGAAAACUUGUGUCCCAAAAUCUCUGAUUUUGGCCUUGCUAAACUCUGCCUUCAAAAAGAGAGCAUCGUCUCGAUACUGGGCGCACGAGGGACAGUUGGAUAUAUUGCUCCUGAAGUUUUUUGCAAAAACAUUGGAGGGGUAUCUCAUAAGUCAGAUGUCUAUAGCUACGGGAUGAUGGUUUUCGAGAUGGUUGGUGGGAGAAAGAACAUUGAUGUUGGAGUAGAUCAUAGCAGUGAAAUAUAUUUUCCGCAUUGGAUUUAUGCAAGACUAGAUCGAGGUGAAGAAGACCUCGGACUGCAUGGAAUUUCCAAUGAAGAGGAGAACGAACUUGCGAGGAAAAUGAUAAUGGUAAGCUUGUGGUGCAUACAAACUGAUCCUGUCAACAGGCCAUCAAUGACUAAGGUUGUGGAGAUGUUAGAAGGGAACCUCCAUGCCUUGGAAACCCCUCCCAAACCCUUCUUGUCUUCUCCAGCAAGAGCAUCAUCAGAAGAUUCUUCAACAGUAUAUCCUUUAGGUAUGGUCUCAUGAAUUUGUAAUAUAAGUUGUUUCACCAAAAGAUGUAUUGGACUUGUGUUUCUGCUAAAAUUCCUCUGUGUAAUUUUCAAUCCGAAAGCAGGAGCUCCCGCUUCACGCCUCUAACGGCAAGUAAACGAAGACGCUAAGCUUCUAUAGAUGUAAAAGCCACGUUUUUAUGAUUUACUUGUUUUAGACUUCUAGAGGUGCCUGAAAACUUGAUUCUUGAUUUUACAA